AUGUCUCAACCCCCUUUCAAAGUAAUCAUUGUGGGGGGCUCCAUCACAGGCCUCACGCUUGCACACAGUCUGCACAAGAUAGGAGUGGACUUCAUCGUCCUCGAAAAGCGAGGCAGCGUCACCCCACAAGAGGGCGCAUCUGUAGGUAUCUUACCUAACGGAGCCCGCGUGCUCGAACAACUCGGUCUCUACGCCGUGAUCGAGCAAGUCACCGCGCCUCUGGGGGCUACUCACAUCCACUUCCCCGAUGCCGUAUCCGAGAUUGAGCAACAUAACGAAACAAAAUCAGCCGGCGUCCGUGUCCGCACGAUUAACGGAGAAGUGUACGAGGCUGACCUCGUUGUCGGUGCCGAUGGUGUGCACAGUCGAACCCGGAGCGAAAUGUGGCGUAUGGCCUGCCCGUCGGGAGAAACCGAAGACGUGAAGAGCGAGAAAGACAGUAAGCGCUGGUUCUUCAUUAUUCAUUUCCUGCAGGACGCGCGGAUGUCUGCCGAGUAUUCCUGUGUUUUUGGCAUUUCUCGUGGGGCAUCCGGACUUAAAGAAGGAGAACAAGUCAUGCGCAUCUAUGAUGGACGAACGCUAGUGGUGAUUCCAUCCAAGGACGAUGUCGUGUUCUGGUUCCUGGCUCGCAAGCUCGACCGCAAAUACAAGUACAGCGAGGCGCCUCGCUUUACCCUUGAGGACGCCGCCGCCGAAUGCUCAGAGUUGGCCGAUGCCCCACUUGGUGGUGGUGUCCACUUCCAGGACGUGUGGCGCAUGCGACAGACCUUCAACAUGGUUGUCCUGGAAGAGAACUUGUUGCAGACGUGGUCUUCUGGUCGGGUGUUGUGCAUUGGCGACAGCAUUCACAAGGUGAUCAUCCCUUUCCUCCCCUGUCUUGUCGAUGAAACUUCUAUCUCGCGUUCCUACAUACUAAUAACCAUGUUUUAG